UUACUGUUUUUGGAUCGAUGGGAAUAAUAAUGCUUUACAGACUUGUCAGGAUUCGUUGUCAAACUUUCCGACGGUUACUGUAGAAAGAAGAUAUGAUUUUGGUAUUUCUUAUUCUUUUCUCGUCUUAGGUGCCUUUCAUCAUGAUUAAAAUACAAGUCUUUCGGUCAUUGCUAGCGUUGGCAUUUGGAAUUCAUCAUGUUUGCAUCGCGAGCAGCGUCGACAUCGCCUUCGACAACCACACCGAUGUAUACGUCACAGAGGGGGAACAAGUGGAAGUAAAUGUGACCAUGGUUGCUUAUAAUGGUCCAGAGAGUACAAUGACCUUUCAAAGCGCCAACGAAGAUGCCUUUGAGAUAAUUAAUGCAUCAUCAUACAUAGUUUCCAACGGAACGGUGUUACCUCAGGUCUAUCAUGUGACAAUCCGCGGAAUCAAUUACAGAGUCUCGAGUAUGGAAAUAAUGGUGGCAGGAGUGGGAUCAAGCGAGAAGACACGCGUCGGUGAAAUACCCAUCAAGAUUUUACGACCGAUCAAUUACUUUUUUCUGAACAUUCUGAACUAUAUUUUCUUCAUCCCAAUAUCUGUCACGUACUUUUUGAUGGGUUACACCAUAGAUAUGACAAUGGUUUGGAAGAACUUGAAACGUCCGUUUGCUGUUUUCAUCGGGUUCGCCUGCCAGUUUGUCGCCAUGCCAGCUUUGGCGUUUGGGAUCGGGAAGGUGAUGCAGCUAGAGCCACUUUCAGCUAUUGGUUUGCUUCUAGUUGGAUGCUGCCCUGGAGGGAAACUCAGCAAUGACCUCUGCGUCCUUGUAGAUGCAGAUUUCACCUUGAGCGUCACCAUGACGACUUGCUCAACGAUCCUGGCCCUUGCAACGAUGCCACUGAACAUAUUCAUCUACACGCCUCUUAUCACCGACUCCUCACUCGAGACACCCUACGACCAAAUGGCUAUCCAGUUAGUCGCCAUGCUUUUUCCUGUCUUAGCCGGAAUUCUAGCACGAUACAGAUGGCCACACUAUGAGAAGAAGGUUCUAAAGAUCUUCAAACCGGUCGUUGCAGUGAUCAUGAUAGUGGUUAUAUGCGCUUCAAUUCCGUUUCAGCUCUACAUCUUCUUUUCACCCUGGCAGAUUUACGUGUCUUCCCUGAUUCUACCGUGUCUCGGGGCCAUCUUGGGUGCCAUCUUUGCCAAGCUUGGCCGGCUGAAGAAUAACCAAGUGGCGGCGAUUGCCUUCGAAACUGGCGUGCAGAACGCGAUCAUAGCCUACGUCAUUCUGAGCAACGCUUACCCCCAACCUGAAGCAGAUCUCGCCGGACGAGUCACCUUCAUCACCAUGAUGUUACAGUUCUUCCUAGGAAUGGCAGUUUUCGGGACCUACACCUUCCUCAAGCGAUUCGUCUUUGAGGAAGACGAAGAACCCGAGAAAGACAAAGAGGAAUUGGCCAACGAUAUUUCAAAGGACGGUUCGAUCAACACUGGUAUAUACCGACCUACUACUUUAGAUUCUCCUGUCCCAAAGGAAGAUGAGGACGACGAAACACAGGGCCCAGCCCGUCAGUCCUCAGACAUUAAUUUUGCUUUCGGUGAUACUGAACUUUAAAUAAACUCUGCAAAAUGUAUGGACCUAUACGAUUUAUUGUGCACAUUCAUUUCUGGAGCAGGGGCACAUUUAAUUUUUCAAUUUGUUUUUAUAAAGAUAGCAAUUUUUUUUUAUUAAGCUCCAAUAUAGUUUUGUAAUGAUAAAUUUAAAGUUCCUGCUUCUUUAACGGGAGAAUUCUCUGGAAAAAGAUACUAAAGAUAAUGUGCAUAUUUGGAAGCAAAGAAGUGGAGUCCAAUUAAUUCCUCUUGUGCCCUCUUCCCUCCGGAUUCGCGCUUGUAGGUCUGCUUGAGUCUUGGAAAAAAUGUCAUUUUACUUCGUUUCAAGAGAAAUUUGAUAGGAAUCUUCCAAAUAAAAAUCAUCCUAGAUGCUUCUUAUUUUGUUCUUAUCUGGUCCACCUAUUAUUUUAGGGGGGGGGGGGGUAUUCUCCGCUUAUAUUUCACCUUUAGAUGUUUUCUAUCGUUUUAAUACUGACUUUUAGUAUAUGGUUGCAUGUCCCGGGGCAUCAUGUUCAUGGUCAGUUAUAUACCAUUGCUGGGUUAUUAUGUUAUUAUUAU